AAAAAAUCCUUAAAAAUUUAUUCAUUUGCUUUAUACUUCUUGACAUUAACAAAGAUACUAAUAAUGAUAAAAUUUCACAAAUACUUAUAAUCCAUACAUUUAAUAUAUUAUACAACAUACAAUAUUAUAAUAUUAUAUAAUAAAAUAUAAUAUAAAUUACAUAUAUAAUAAACAACACACAAGUUUUAGAAACUUACAUAUAAAGUACCAAAUUACUCGAGCACUAUUUUGUAAUGCUCUCAUAUGUGCUCAAUCAAAGCAUUUCGAAGUGAUAAAUGAGUUUUUUUUUUUUAAUUUGUAGAUUAGAAACUAGAAAUUGUUGAAAUCAGAUAUGUUCAUCAAUUAAGAGUAAGAAUUACAAGUUGCAGAAAUUACGUCUCCAAAAUCAGGCUAAAAAUUAGCCCUAAAAGAACGAGAACGAGAUAAUAUGAUAUUACUUACGAAUUUAGACAAUACCAAUGAUGAUACACAUGAAUAUAUGUGAUUUGGAAAAAGCGAGACUCGUGCAAAAGAAGAACUCAAGAGCAGCAACAACCUUCACUUCAUCUAAAUAACUGUCAACCAUAUUUUGAUUAUUUUGGAGAUUCAGGUACGGUUAACCGUAAAUUAUGGUAUUUUGAUAUCAUUUAUAAAAUAUGUAAUAUUUAAGUAUUUAUGUAAUUUUCUUUAAUUUGUGUUAAGUCUGUUUAAUGUAUUUUUAUUUUGUGAGCUUUAUUUAUUAUAUUUUAUACUGUGUGAAAUUUAUUUUAAUGUUAUGCAAUAUUUAUCCUUUAUUUAAUUUGGUGUAAUUAAGUUAUUCUAAAUUAAGUUUAAUAUAUGUAUUUGUAAAAUAAAAUAAGUAUAAAGACCAAAAAAAUAAAAAAUAAAAUAGUUUUUAAAAUUUGAGGCUGGAUUGGAGAUACUCUAAUAAUUACAUUAAAUAUUUGUAUACAAGUACUUUACUAGGACCAAUGCACCCCCUCCCUAACUUAGAUCAUUUCACUUGGUGCCUUCGUUUUUGAAACUUAAUGUGAUUUUACUCUCACGAAUUGGAAACUAUUUGAAUGGAAAUAGUGUUAUCACAUUCUAAUGCCCUUAGUAGCGAUAUCAACUAGUAACACUAAUCUCAGGGAUUGUACAUGGGAUUUUGGAUGGGUUCUGACUUUUAACUUGUUUUCCCAAGUCUUUAUUCGCGUCAUUCUUGUUUAUUUGGCUAGUUGAAAUGGACUGCGUCCGGAUUAAGAAAAAAUAUAUUAUAUAGAAGUAAUUGAUUGAAUGACUAUGUCAUAUGACUCAUAUCUUAGAAAUAUAAUAUAUACGUGUUACAUAUGUGAAAUAAAUAAAAUUUUAAAGAAAGUAAUCAUCUUUUCUUCUUUUUCUGAAAGAAAGUAACCCACGUUUUGUAACAAAAUUAAAAAAUUCGUAUAUUUUAGUAAAUUAUAAUAUACUCUGUAAAAAUUCCACUUUCAACACAAAGUUAUUUAACGAUUUUGAUUUUUAGGCUGCACGACUAAAGUUGUUUUUUUUGUUGUUGAAUGGAAAAUAAUGUGACUUCUUUUAUCUGUACUUUGGUAUAUAAAAUUACGAAGGUUGAAUAUAUAUCAUCUAAAGAAUCUUAGUAGAGUGAUAAGAUUCCCUAAUUAGAUUACUUUUCUAAUAAUGAACUAAAAGAUAAAGAGAAAGGAUAAAGAAAAGGCCGCUCCUCGUUGUCUCGUAAUGCAUGUAAUUGCUGACUUUUGUUAUAUAUUAAUAUGUUUCCAUUUAAAAUAUCAUGGAUGACCUUUAGCAUAUUAUCUCUUUGAUUUUGCUUUGCAUUGCGAUCUUAGUAUAAUACUAGCUAGUAUAAUCUUUAAUUUACAAAAAGACAAAGUAUCUGCAUGGCCUCCAUGAACUAAAGUAAUUUGAGUGUAGAGCAUAAACCAGCUCAUCAGCUUGAAAUAAAACUUUUAAUAGUGGUGCAAUUAUUUUCUUUGGAUUUAGAAAAUAAACAAAUUAUCUUCUUUGGAAUGUUGUGCACUAAUUAAUUUUUAAACACAUUUACUUUCUCUAGCAUCUGAUUUCCACUAGUUAUUGGUUAUGUAUUUCAGUUAUUGAUCACGUGUGUUAUAGAGUUCAAAUAAAAUAAUGGCCAUAUCAUAUGAUUUAACAACUGAAUGGAAAUAACUAGUCAGUAACAAGCUCAUUUUGUUUCCUUCAUGCGUUAGUUUUUUUUUCUGAAAAGUUAUUUUUAAUAUAUCAUCUUCCAGUUUUUGACAGAAAUUACCAAACAAAUAAAAACAGAAAAUUUCACCCAAAAAAGGAAAAAUCAAAACAGAUAAAUAAAAGGGAAAAUUCAUAAAUACUUCUUUUAGUGUUUGUUGCAUGAACAAUAGUAUAAUAAUUAAAAUAUUUUUUUAAAUAACAUUUAUUAAUUAAUAGAAUUAAUUUUUCUUCUUUUAAUUUUUCAUUUGAGAAUUCUUUUAUAUUUCUUUCGAAUCCUUACACGAGACCAGUUGGACAAAAAAAUUAGAUUAAUCUCUUUUUAUGUGGUAGUUUAAAUAAUAACCUUACGAGAUUCGAACCGUAAAAUAUGUUUUUUCAUGUGGUAGUUAUUCUUGAUUUCUUGUGAAAGAUUUUUAUGUCUAUUUACAUAUAAUACUUAAUUCUUUAUAUAUUGAUUAUGAAACACAAUAAAAACAUCAUUUAAUAACUACAUCACACAUAUGUGUGUUUGUAUAUAUAUAUAUAUAUAUAUUAUAUAGUACUCUUCACAAUAUAUAUUUUAAUAAUGAAUAUUAGAUAAAGAAUGAAAACUAUCAAUAUAUCUAUAACAACAUCAUUUUUAAUUAAUUGGAUCCUACAUCUCUUUUAGUAAAGGUUCACAGCUGUGAGUGCCGUCAUCUGGGUUCAAGUACAGUCAUUUAGAAUGUUUUAAGUGGUAAGAAAACAUGGAUUCUACGGGUUUUGUGGUGAUUAGUCUUUAGGUCUGGAAAGCUUUUGAAUAAAAAUCAUCAUUCUUAAUUUAUAAAUUGAGUAUUAACUUCACAAUAAUCAUACCAUGGAUCAUAUAAAAUAUAAUCAUUCAGAAUGUCUUAAGUGGUAAGAAAGCAUGGAUUCUACGAGUUUUGUGGUGAUUACUCUUUAGGUCUGAAAGCUUUUGGAUAAAAAUCAUCAUUCUUAAUUUAUAAAUUGAGUAUUAACUUCACAAUAAUCAUACUAAAAGUUGCAUGGAUCAUAUAAAAUAUAAUAAAUAGUACAUUUUUAUCGUGUUCUCUCUAAAACUAUGUCAAUUUUUAGUUUGAUGUAGAAACAAAUUAUCUCUUCCUCAACUCUCGACUCUUUUAUGGUUACAAGAUGAGCAACUCAGUGUCAAAGAUUUUCGGUUCGAGUACAUUCACUAUCUGAGAAGGGAUCUCGUAAGCAACCCUUGUACUUGGUCUUAGGGGAACUAAUCUGGCCGUAAGCAUGCAUCAUUCCUAGUCUACCAACGAAAAAAUCUUUUUUGGUUCGUAACUAAAUGUUGUGUCUUUUUCUCUUCUCAUUUGAGAGUUGUAAAAACAGAAAACAUUAUUCCAGUUUAUCAGAAUUUUUCAAACAACGUAUAAGUCUAUACCUUUACAAUUGUAAAUUACAUCGGCACUCUCUUUAAAGAACUGUUCUUAACAGAUAUAGAUACUGAUGCAGCUUUUUAUUUAGUUUAUAGAUUUGAUUUUAAACAACGUAUAAGUCUAUACCUUUACAAUUGUAGUUUAUCUUUUUAAUCAAAGAGGAUGGAUAAUUCCCUUUAAGGCAAGCAAGUUAAAGUUAAGAAAGAAGUUUGUGUUCAAAAAAAAAAAAUUUGUUAGUUUUCAAAUUUAAAUAUUUAUAUACUAAUAAAAGAAAAAUGUUUCUCUUUUUUAUUGUGGCACACAACAAUCAAAGAUUGAAAGAGUACCACUUCAACACAUGUUUUAAAUACUUACAGAAUGUUAAACAUUUUUUUAUCAUUUUAACUAAAUAUAUUUAAAUAAUAUUUUAUAUUCAUAUAUAUUAUAACCGAUAAUACGUUUUAUACCCAACUGCAUUUUAACAUUGAUAUUCAUAUUAUUACCCACAAAAAUAAAUAAAAUUAAGAUGAAAUUUUAAAAUAUUAUUUUCACAUCAAAUAAAGUCUAAAAAUAACAAAAGUGAUUUUUUUUUUACAAAUUCUUCAUUUCUAGUUCAUCAAUUCCAUUUGAGAGAUAUUUAAGCACAGCUUAGACCUUAAUUUAGAUUUUGUAAAAUUCUAAUUUCUAAUAUAUAAUGUGGUGUAUGUGGCUGAGUCUAUUUAUGUUGAUGACAAACAACAUAUGGCGUAUGUGGAGAAACUUAUAAAAAUCGAUUUGGUUUUCUAUAUUAUUAAAGUAUAUUUAUCAUUUUGUUCACGCGCUCAUAGAUUAAAUAACUUCAAGAUUCAUGGUUAAGUUCGAAUAGUAAAAAAUGAGUAGAAGUCAUUUACUGUAUUAUGUGGGUGAAGGUUUUUUUUUGGCAACAUUAUGUGGGUGAAGCUAAAACACUGAAAAAGAUCAUGUAAUUAUUGUAUAGCUAAUAAACAAGUUUUUAUAAGCUCCCGAAACUAAUGUACUGGCCAUUACACAGAUUAGACCCACAGAUGGAAAGAACGUGCCUAAAAAACUUAUUAUAGAGGUGUUACAGUUUUAGUCCAGAACUCUUCAAAAUUAGACAGUAAUAGAAGCUAGUAUUUCAGAAAACUAAAAUUAUUUUCGAAACGUGCAUAUAAAUUUUACCUUUGCAAGUAUUUAAGAAGAAUCGAAUAAAAACUAUGUGAUUAAAUUAAAUUAAAUUGCCUGUACAUCGCACUCGAUAUACAGUUAUAUGUGUAUAUAUAACUAGUAUUGGUAUAUUAAAAAUAAAUAUUGCUAUAUUAGUAAUCAACGCAUGGUUGUUACUUAAUAUUUAUGUCUAGAAGAAUUCAGUAUAAAGUAAAUGAUAUCUCUAAAUAUUACGACAAAUUUUAUUUUAUUUUGAAUAAGGGGCUAUUACGACAAAGUUGAGUAGGCAAACCAAGCUACCAAGCUACCAAGCUAUACUGUGUAUAUAUAUAUAGACAUAUACAUUCAUACCAAAACGAAGACAUCUUCGGUCCCAACAUGUUCACGACGUAUCUUUCUUCUUCAUUUUCUCUUAUUGUGAUCCUGUUCACAUCUCUCAUCUUCAUCUCCAUUUCCUCACUCCAAACUCCCAAGCAUUAUGUAGUGUACAUGGGCAACCCCAUUGAAGCUGAUGUGCAUAACAGUGAAGCUUAUUAUCUCCAAAUGUUGGACACUCUUCUUCCAAGAGAAGAGAGUGAGAGGAGAAAAGGAGUACAUCAUUACAAGCAUGCCUUCAGAGGCUUCUCCGCUAUGCUUACAGAAGAAGAAGCUGCAGCACUUUCUGGACACGAUGAGGUAGUGUCGGUGUUCGAAGACCCGAUGCUUCAACUUCACACAACUCGGUCGUGGGAUUUUUUGGAUUCACUUUCUGGAGAAUCUUCUUCAUUUCCAAUUUAUAACAGUUUUCAUGGCUCAUCUGAUAUCAUCAUUGGCGUUGUGGAUACCGGUAUAUGGCCAGAGUCUCCAAGUUUCAGUGAUAAAGGGUUCGGAGAAAUACCUUCAAAGUGGAAAGGUAUUUGCAUGGAAGGUCCUGACUUCAACAAAUCCAGCUGUAACAGAAAGCUGAUCGGAGCAAGAUAUUACAAAUCAACCGGAGCUACAUCAGCAAGAGACUCCAACGGUCAUGGGACCCAUACGGCCUCAACGGCGGCAGGAGCGCACGUGGUCGAAGCCAGUGACCGAGGCCUUGCGCGUGGGACGGCCAAGGGAGGCCAACCAGGCUGUAGGAUAGCCGCGUACAAGACCUGCACCGCCGACGGUUGCCCUGGCUCCGCCAUGUUGAAGGCUAUGGACGACGCAGUGCAUGACGGCGUUGACAUCAUCUCUAUCUCCAUCGGCUUGAAUGCUGCUUUCAAAUCAGAUUACCUGUCCGACCCAAUUGCCAUCGGAGCCUUCCAUGCAGAGCUCAAGGGCAUUAUGGUCAUUGCUUCUGCGGGUAACGACGGCCCAAUUGCCUCCACCGUCACCAACGUUGCACCGUGGUUGUUCACGGUGGCUGCUUCCAACAUUGACAGAGAUUUUCAGUCCUCCGUUAUCUUGGGAAGCGGCAAAGUUAUACGAGGAGCAGGGAUUCAUUUCUCGAAUUCCACAAGACCUAAGGCAUACUCUCUUGUGUAUGCAAGAAAUGCUGCUGCUGCAUCUAAACCUGUCGAAGAUGCAAGGACAUGUCUUCCGGGAUCCUUGGACCCCAAGAAAGUAUCCGGGAAAGUUAUUGUUUGUGUGAUGCCAAGAGAUGCAGUUACAACAAAGCAAAUUAUAAAGGUGGUGGUAGAGGAUGCUGGAGCUAGAGGUCUGAUUCUGGUAAACCAGAAAGAGAAGAUUCGUGCUUCCGAUUUUGGUCACUUUCCUUUCUCAGAAGUUGAUAUGACUGAUGGGUACAAGAUUCUAAAAUACAUGCUUCACACCAAGAGUCCAACAGUUACAAUUGUCCCAACCGUUGAGGUCAAACCCACUAAACCUGCACCCGUUGUUGCAUUCUUCUCAUCUAGAGGUCCUGCCUCUCUAACAGAGAACAUUCUCAAGCCUGAUGUAAUGGCACCUGGUGUUUUGAUUUUGGCGGCAUUGCCUCCGCCUAAAACCGCUAAACCAUCCACACCAAAGUUUGGGUUAGCGUCAGGAACGUCCAUGUCCUGCCCUCACGUAAGUGGAGCCGCCGCUUUCGUCAAGGCUCAACGCCCUUCUUGGACGCCUUCCAUGAUCAAAUCCGCCCUUAUGACCACAGCAAUAACAUAUGACAACAUGAGAAGACCAGUGACAAACACGUCCGGCCUCACAUCAACACCUCACGAAACGGGUGCAGGAGAGAUCAGUCCUCAGCGUGCAAUCAAUCCGGGACUUGUCUUUGAGACAACCACACAAGAUUAUCUCCAAUACCUCUGCUACUUCGGCUACUCUCAAAAGACCAUUAGCAAAACACUCAACAAAGCAACUAAAUUCAGCUGCCCCAAAAAGACCUCUAAAGAUCUUAUCUCAAACAUCAACUACCCGUCCAUCUCCAUCGGAAACCUGCGUCGCGGCCAACGUAAAAUGAUCGAAAGAAGUGUCACAAAUGUAGGACCGGAGAGGAAUGUGACGUACGUUGCCCAUAUCGAAGCUCCAGAAGGAUUGGUGGUUAAGGUUGCACCAAAGAGACUUGUGUUUGGAGAAAACGUGGACAAGGUUUCAUAUAAGGUUUGGUUCUAUGGGGAGAAGAGUGCAUCAAAGCGUUAUCAUCAUGGAUCUUUAGAAUGGUCAGAUGGUUACCACUCGGUUCGGUCGGUUUUUUCAGUUAACAUUAAUUAGUGGCUAAGAAAGCCCCUGUCAAGAACAAUAAUGACAGUUUUACUGUAAUGUUCGUUGGGUUGUUGUGUGUUGGUUUAAUAAUUGCUCGAUGGUUGUAUGUUUGGUUUAGUAACUCUUUGGGUUGUGGAUGUGUACAUCAAUGAAAUUGUUUUCCUUUCUUUGUA